AGCACACAACAGUAACCAGCAAGCUGAGCUGAGAGACUGGCGGCGGGGAGCUGUGUUCCACUCUCCUUCACUCACUCUUGACUCAAACCUCACUCGCCUCGACUCACCCAUCAACCAACCUCUCUCAAUAAGACAGUUCGAUUCCCUUUCUCUCUCUCGUGUGUGUGUUCUUCUAGGUGUUCUUCUACGUGUUUUUCUGCGUGUUCUUCGACGUGUUCUUCUGCGUGUGUGAGUCGGUGUUCGAAAAUUUGUUGACUUUUUCUGGGACCUGUUGAACGAUGUAUUAAAUCCUUAGCCACUUGCCGUUCUUUCCCGUUUAAGGGCUACAGGCAACAGAGGGGGUAAAUACGGAUUAUUGGACCCCCGUGAUACGGAAUAGUGACGGGGGGUUAAAAACAGGAGCAACGGAAAGAAAAUAGCGGAAGGGAAGCUGUUGUUGACGUCUUCGCGUCGUUAAAGCAGGAGCAGCAAGAUGGCCUCUGCGACGUGUGGCCUUCUGCUGGUGGCGCUGCUGGUGGUGGGAGUGGCAGGCUCUGGAGCCAGCAGCGGGCAAAACACCGUCAACGAGGAAGGCAGAGCCUCUCCCCUCACCCAGGAGGAGGUGGAAGAGAAGGUGGAAGCACUGCUGGAGGUCGGGGAGAUAGAGGCCAACGUGACGGUGCCUGUGUGCUGUGGUUUCGACAUGGUCUUCAACAUGAGCAAGAUGAGCUGUGACCCUGCCCAGGAGAAACCUUUGAUAUCCUUCCAUCAUGAGGAUGGACUGCCUGUGGAGUACCAGUUCGCUUACAAAGUACGAGCAGGCUUCCCUAACUGUACCUUCUUCAGUCUGCAGCCGGAGGUGGAGCCAGAGGACGCUUUCCAUCUUCUGCCAAAUGGACAGCUGGUGAUACCGUCUAACACCAACCGCAGACUCUCCACCGACCAGUUCUGUCUGCUGGUGACGGAGGAACAGGUGGAAGCCAUAGUCUGCUUCCCCGAUAAGAAGGAGUCUAGUUUCGACCGUGUGGUGUACCAGACACUGUACCCCGUGGGACUCAUCAUCUCUGCAAUAUUCCUGGCUACUACUUUCCUCGUGUACUGCAUGGUGGGGGAGUUGCAAGACUUGCUGGGGAGGUGCCUCAUGUGUAGCGUCCUGGCCCUCUGCAUCGCUCAAGUCUCCACCGUCAUCGUACAGAUGGCCACCCAUCUCCUCUCCAUGACCGCCUGCAUCUUCAUGGCUGUGAUGAUGCACUUCUGGUACCUGUCCGCCUUCCUCUGGCUCAAUGUCAUCUGCUUCAACGUCUUUCUAACAGUCUGGUGGAAGAGCGACGCGUCAUACGGACGGGUGAGCCGGUGGUUCGCCAUUUUCUCAGCCUAUGGAUGGGGCCUUGCCCUCCUCCUCACCUCUCUCGCCAUCGCCAGGGACUUCUCUGAAGAGCUCGACGGGUCAGGCCUUCCUAAACCCAACUUCGGCCAAGCCAGAUGCUGGUUCUCAGGUGAUGACGCCCUUAUCAUCUUCUUCUAUGGCCCUACCUCUGUUGUGCUAGGCCUCAAUGUAGUGCUAUUCUGUGCCUCAGCCUACAAGCUCUGCUCUCUGAACAAAAGUUCAGAAGCCAGGAUGUUCCAGUGAGUAACAACUGUUUUG